AGAGAAGAGAUUCAAGAGAACCCUAUCAGAGGGAUGAAGAGGAGCCGGGCGCGGAGCCUCCUCCGCCGGCCAUGAGAGGAGGCUCGGCUCGGCAGGGAGCGCCACGCCUGCCGCCGGACGGGAAGCGCCUGGGGAGCUCACUGCUAUGGACAGCACGAUCACCUUGUGGCAGUUCCUUUUGCAACUUCUUCAGGAACCUCAGAAUAAGGAUCUCAUUUGUUGGACCUCCAAUGACGGAGAGUUCAAGCUUCUGCAGGCAGAAGAAGUGGCGCGCCUCUGGGGGAUCCGUAAGAACAAGCCCAGUAUGAACUACGACAAACUCAGUCGUGCUCUCAGAUAUUAUUAUGUGAAGAAUAUAAUUAAAAAAGUGAAUGGUCAGAAAUUUGUUUACAAGUUUGUGUCCUAUCCAGACAUUUUGAAUAUGGAUCCACUAGCAGUUGGUAGGAUUGAGGGUGAUGCUGAAACACAGACAGGCACUGUAGAUGCAAAUAACACUAUAAAGGAGACGGAGAACUGUGGGAAAGAGAAGCCUCAGUCUUGUGCAAAAUCCUCUAGUCGCAAUGACUAUAUCCACUCAGGUCUAUAUUCUUCAUUUACUUUGAACUCCCUGAAUUCAUCCUCAUGUGUAAAACUCUUUAAGCCAAUCAAGAUGGAGAACCCAACUGAAAAAGUGGUAGAGAAAAAAAUUCCCCAGGAGUCUACACCUUCAGUCAUAAAAUUUGUGACCAUGUCCUCCAAAAAGUCUUUGCCAUCACCCCUUGCCUCGACAACUCAACCAACAUCUUCUAUAUCAGCUUCCUCUACCCUCCCUUCUAGCUCAGAUGAAAGUCUCCAGGCCUUGGAGUCUUUAGUAAUACCAAAAGCGGCUCCCACUGAAACUUCAACAUCUUUGCCAAGUUUAACCACCAAUUUCACCCCUAUGCCUCCUUCAGCCUCCAUUUCCCCUGCUCUCCAGGUUCCUUCCAGAUCUCCUUUGCCACCCUUAAAUUCUAAUCCUGAUCUGGUUAUAGACACAGACACUGAGUCUGAUGCUUGCCAGCAGCUGGAGCAGUCUCACAAUCAAGUCUUGGAGUUUAAUGAGCAGGAUUCCUCCACAAUAGAAAAGGAACUUCGCAAUAGCCGAACUAGAAAGCCAAAAGGACUGGAGAUUGCCCCUGCUCUUGUCAUUACUGGCAGUGACCCAAGUCCUCUGGGAAUACUAAGCCCUUCUCUCCCUACUGCUUCUCUUACACCAGCACUUUUUUCACAGACACCUAUUUUGCUGACUCCAAGCCCCUUGCUCUCCAGUAUCCAUUUCUGGAGUACUCUCAGCCCAGUUGCUCCCCUCAGUCCAGCAAGGUUACCAGGUGCUACCACCCUUUUCCAGUUUCCAUCAGUGCUGAAUACUCAUGGACCAUUUACUGUAUCAGGAAUGGAUGGGCCCUCUACUCCUGGGCCUUUCUCUCCAGAUUUACAGAAGACAUAGUGCAUGACUUUCUUGGAAUAGGACACAUCAGGAAACGAGAGGAAGGAACAUUAAAAUGAUGCAAUCCAAGGAGUGAUUGGUAAUAAUUCCACAGAAACAAUAUAUGCUGACUUGAUUUUUGUCAUUCCCAAUUUAAAUGCCUUUGCAAAAAUUCUCUUCAAGAUAUAAGAGAAUUAGUACAGAAAUGCCUUAAUUGGUGGCUUUGCUCUGUUAUCUCUUUUCUCCCUUGGUUCUUUUUGGUUUAAUAAGUUUUUUUCUUGUUAAAGGGAAUCUAUUUUUUUGUGGAUAUGUUGAUUUGAUUUUGCAGCAGCUGAAACUGCAGUCACAGCCCCCCUUUGAAUAAUCUCCUGCUCCUCUGAUUCUUGUUCUUUUCUAUGAUACUCUUAAUCAUUGAAAGUUGAAAUCCAAGCUUGCUUUUAAUAUUGAUAGUUUCUGUACAGCUGGCACAGGAAUGCAUUGUAAGACUUUCUAAGGAGGAGCUUUAAUGUGCAUUUCUGAUGAUAUAGAAGAGAUUCAAACAAUGAUGGGCGUCGGAAGUUCUAGCUACCUAUCCUAGAAAACAUCAUGUCAUCUCCUAGGCAUUCAUGUGGCCCUCAUGAUAGGGUGGAGUGCAGUUCCCAGCAUUCCUUCCAUUGGCUAUGCUGAUUUUGGGCUGGUGAAAAUUACAGUUUAACAUCUGGAAGGCUGAAUGAUUCCAACACCAACACCCUUGUCCUAGAAACUAUGUGCUGUUGAACAAUACAAAGGUGCAUAGAUCAUGAAAUGAACAGGCUUGAUCUUCAAGAAAUAUUUGAAUUCUCUAAGUUGGAUAUUACUUGGUAGGCAAAGAAAAGAGAAAAUUAAAAAGAUUCUCCUGAUAUCAAAUAGUGAAGAGCUUGAACUAACAAAUCAGGUAGACUGAGAAACUUUUCAGUGCAUGUUUUGUGGUAUCAGAUUAAGUAUGUAUUUGCAGUACUGUGUGCAGUGUUGUCUUGUUGUUUGCUAAUGUCAUAUGGGAAGUGAGGGUUUCUGUUUUACAGUACUUUUCUCUCCCCGUCGCCCAAGAAAGUGAGCAUCCUAAAAAAGAAGCACCUCUUGACCCCAGUUCCACUGGAUGGUGUGUUUUUUAUUUAAAUCUGAAUAACAGCUGAACUAACAUUUUGAAUGUGUAGAUCAGUACUUCCCAACCUUUUCUAUGCCCCACAGUCCUAGGAAGUGUUUGAUUAAUGUUUGUAUCUCCUACAAAAAUAAUAUCACAUUUGAAGAUUAAGAAGUAAAAUUUCUAAUUUUUGAACCACAAAUGGAACUACAUACAAGACUGCAGGUGAACAAAUUGAAUUUAAAGAAAAUAAGCUCUGUUCAUAAAAUGCAAAUCUAAACUGAGCAAUUAGAAGUUAAUCUAUUUAGAAAAUUGAGUUAUGGCUCAUCACUCAAGGACACAAGCCACUUUUUUAUUGCGCCAGAAAUUCCAUCUUGCACCCCUGGGAACCUCUGAUAUAGAUGCUCCUACAACUAAAACAUUGUGCCAUUAUUAGGAUAUGUUUCUGUUAGUGAGGAUGGUUUAGGUGGAAGUGGGAAAUUGGCAUGAGCUGCUUAUAGUCUGUAAGAGUUAAAGGCAGUGUGUAACUUCGUGGCAAGUCAGCAGUUCAAGCCCCCAGUGUAAUACUGUAUCUUCAGCAUGGUGUAGUAUGGUAGGUUUCCUCAUAAUCUCAUGGCAACAUUAUGCUGGCUUGCUGGUGCAACAUCUUGCUUUUAUGACCCAAAUUGGAAAGUGUAACAGUAUCCAGAAUAGAUGCCUACAUCACUGGUAGUUGUCUUUUUGUAUAAAGAGAUGCACAAAGUCCUGAGUUUGCAGGUACUAAGGCCAUAUGUCUAAGAGCUAUUUAUUGAAAAAUGUAGUACCAGUAAUGGUGUUUGAUAAUUUUUCAGUGAUCAUGUCAUAUGGCUCAGGGAUGAGAGGUUUGGCAUUGGAAGUCUUGGCCACUUGCAUUCAUAACUAAUGUCUGAUUUCCUAUCAUAGUUACAGUGGUGAUUGUUAGUGGGUUCUUCAGCAGCAGAAAUGUUGAAAAAAGGACAUCCAUUUGCAAUUAUCUCUCUGGUGCAAGAGUAAAAUUGUUGGAUUGAAGGGAAGUUUGCAGUUCUGUUCUGGGUGCAUGGGGUCAUUCAGGAUGGGACCUAUGUGCAUGUCCAUGUCUCCCCUGCACCCAAUAGUAAUGAGGCACUUAUAUGUUCCCGUUAAGGAACUUCUUUAGAUCACUUCAAGCUUUGUUCAGGCAGGCAUUUGCCUGAAUAUAGGCCUGAAGAGUGCUUCCCAUAUUGUACUUAUGCAGGAAAGCGCUGCAUAGUUGAGUAUCUUGUAAGGGAGAAGAUACAAACUAAAUUUGUUUGAAUUUACAUUGGUUAACUGAAUAGCUUUCUAGUAUUUGUAAUACACCAUUUACAAGAAUGGUACAGUUUUUUUUAUUUGGCUUCCCUCCCAAACACAGUCAAAUUAAGUCUGGUGAGAGGAAAACUGUCUAGUUUAUCAGCCUGAAGAGAGACAGCAGAUAUGGAUCGGACUCCUGUUGGUGCACUAUGCAGGACAGGCUCUGCCAGCAGGAUGAAAAAAGCACAAGUACAGAGACUAUGAAAGAAGGAGGACACUAGAGAAAUAGUCUGCUCAGAGGCACCAGAUUGUGUCUGGCUUCCCCUUGCCAAUAUUACUCAAUCCCUGCAAGCAUAGCGCACCUGCAGAGUUCUUACCAGUGUGUCCUAUCCAUUGAUUCUGGCAGUCUGCUGUGACAUCUUUUCCAGACAAGACAAGAAAGAGCAGGGGUGGGUAAUAUAGGGACUCCCUCCAGCCCCCAGUGUACCCCCCUCCCAUUUCCACAUUUUGGUUUUUAAAAUUCGAUAAAGGGGAAUUGCUGCUCUUGGAAGCUUCUGUGAAUUGUGAUUGUCUUUUAAGGAAACUACAGGGCUGUGCUUAGUGUGGGGUGAUCUUUUCUGCAUAUUUUUCCUUUUUUUUAAAAAAACUUGAAUCAAAUUUCUGGACAGUUCUGUUUUUGAAAAAAGUGUAAUCUCCCAUUUGGGAGGCAUGCAGCCCAUGACAAAGUUGCUUAAGAGGGUGGAGGAAACUAACAUCUGGACGUGUCAAAGUUGUCCUUCCCUAAAAAUAGGAUUUGAAAGGCAUAUACUUGUUGUGCCAAAACUGAAUGUGUAAUGUUUCAUAGAUUAUUUUCAAUCCAAAUUUACAGAAAAACAGCUGAAAGUUGCAGGUGAGGGUGAACAUCCUGCAUUCUUGUGUUUGCUCAGUGGUUUUUAUGUGUUCUCCAGUGGACCAGUAAUAGCAGCACUUUUUAAAGGCAGUCUUUUUAGACUGACUGCAUCUGACAUAAGUAUUGGGUAUUGGAGAGUUUUCAAGUGUGGUUUUUUGCUUUAACAUUUCUUCUUGAGCACUAAAUGAAUGGCUAUUAAACUGUUCACUUUUAUGAUAAUGGGAAAGAGUAUGCUAUAUUCUUGUGAAUGUUGUUCAGUCAGCCCUCUGUAUCCACAGAUUCAAUCAUCAUUGCUUGAAAAUAUUUUUUCUAAAACUUCCAAAAAGCAAACCUUAAUUUUGUUAUUUUGUAUAAGGGACAUCAUUUUAUUACCCCACUGUAUGUAAUUGGACUUGAGCAUCCAUGGAUUUUGGUAUCUAUGGGUGUGGAGAAGGGUCCUGGAACCAAACCCUCAGUGGGUACCAAGGGCCCACUGUAGUUAGUUGUAUCAUAUGUGAUACACCUGUACAGUAUGUUUAGAUAUACAAGUUAAUCCAAUUCAUUUUAGUUUAGCUUUCAGAACCCAGUCUCACAGCAGAUAUAUUAUGCAGAGAGAUCUUAUAGCAUCUUUGAGACUAACUAAAGAAAGAAGUUGGCAGAUGAGCUUUAGUAGACUUAAAUCUACUUCCUCAGAUGCAGAAAUUCUAUAAUGGAGAUAUCAGUCAUUUGUGAGUUUAUAGCAAAUGACUACUUCUUUCUUUAUGGAUUCUUUCCAUUCAGAAAUGAAGCUGUUGGGAACCAGAAUUUGGAGUAAUGCAUUUGGCCAUGAAAAUUCCUCUCUUUGGUAUUGCUUGUUCAGAUGCAAGUAAAGGAAUUUGCUUUUCCUUUUUUUUCCUUUAAAGUUACUACACAGGAGCAAGUUUUUGCCUAGUUGGGAAAAGGCAGGUUGUUUUGACCUUUUUGGCUGUUUGACCCACUCUUCUCUUCUUUCAUUGUCAGAUUUGUUGUGUAAUUUUGUGCCAUUGCACCCUUCACCUAAACACACUUUUAGGUUUUCUAGCCAGUAAUUUAUUUAAGUAAAAUGCAUCCUACUAUGCUCCCCAUCCCAAAAUAAGGAGUGUGUCAGUGGAGCAAGGUUCCCAAAAAUAUAAAAUGAUAUAUAUAUUUUCAGGUUAUGUUUCAACUAGGUACAGGUAAGGUCAGAAUGUACUAUUUUCAUGCAUGUUUUCUUUUCUGCAACAUAACUGUUGUAAAUAUCUGUAAUUAUUUUAGAUGAUAACAGAUACAAUAAAUGUCUGACUCUGUGUGUGUACAAAGAUAACAGUCAGUCUGGAGUAUUACUGAGUUUUCUUAAGUAGUUAAUUAUCUUUUAGUUCUAUUUCUAGUUCCUCUUUGAUAGCUAAAGAAAAGAGCAAUGCUGACAUGCACAAGUUGGCAAUCAUGGUGCAAACUAAAUGUUUAAUGGUUUUUAUAUUAUCAUUCAGAUUUUACAAUCUUUAGGACGUCCUAUAUCAUUCAUUUCAUCUGCUUGAAUCACAUUAUUGUUGCAUUUUUUACAUAAUCCUAUAUUAACAGAUAACAUCAGACAUUUUGCUUUUAAAAGGAGAAAUACUAAGGGAUGCUCAAUCAGCUAAAUUUUAUUUUUCAAGUUUGUAGGUGAAGUGGGAAGGACUGUUUUUUCUCUCUUUUUCAUCAGUUCUCCCAAGUGGUGUGGAGGACUUCACAAAGCAUUGCAAGUUCAUGCUAUGACAAAUGUUCUUCUAGUCAGUAUCUGCUUUGUUGUAUUAAUGCUUUCUUAUUUUAAUUCAGGGCUGGGCAAAUUCUGCAGUUAAUGCACAUAAAUCUUGUAUUUAGGAUCAAUUAUAUGAAACAAACUUGGUAUGUUUGCUCAGUUCUUAUGCUUGAGUACAUCCUAUUCUAGGAAAACUGUGGUGGGAUAAAGAAUUGAGUGUUGUUGUUUUUUAAAAUUGUGUGUUUGCUCAGAAGUCCCAUUGAUCUCAAUGCAACUUAUUUCACAAGUAAGUGUACAUAGUACCACAGUCUUGGAAUGCUAGUCCAUUCAGAGGGUAUCUUUGACAGCUCAUGGCUCUAUAAUAAUAGUUAAUUUGUUCUUCCUUUUUCAAAUGGCAGUAGGUAUUGCCUGGGACAUAUGAUGGCUUGGUAUACAUUUCAGUCCCCCCCCCCCUUUUGAACCAGUGGUUUCCCUUUUUGUAUCAAGAAUGCACAUAAGGCUGUUUCAAAAGUUAUUUUCUCCAAUCAAAUCAGCUUUACAAGAGGAUCUUGAGAGUAUUUUAAUUGUAUUCUUUUGGUGUCUUCUCUUUUGUUACUCAUAUCAGUGAACACGAAGUGAUACUGAUCAGUGUGUUACUGACUCUCCACUGACCAGUAUUCCUUUUCUGGUUUAGUUCUUGGUUGGGUCUAAGGUUGGCAUGUGCUGAAAACAAGGAAUAUCACCUCCGUACUUCCUUUUAAUUUUCUAAUCAUCACUGUUGUGCUGUUUCAAAGUAGAAAACUAGCUAGUAGGAUUGACUGUUGGGUGUGAAUUCAUUCAGUAGAGCAUGAUAAAGGUUGCUAGUUCCAUCUUCAUUGACAAGUCAGGGUACUAAUAUCAGAUGUUGACCUAGGAGUGAAACAAGCAUGCCAGUCAUAGAGUGAAUUUAGCCAAGUAGCCUUAUGUAAAGUGUACCUGUCUUUUUGAUGGUACAUUUCAAGCUACCUGCUAUGACCGUUUGCUUCAAAAGCAGUUUCUGCUUUUUAAAAAAUAAAAUAGUUACCAUAUUACAAUUAUCAUUGUCCUUGCUGUGCACCUUUUUACAAACUCUAGAAAAAACUGGCUAAAAUGUAAAUGGCCUCUUAUAAAAUUAUCUAAAGAACUUCUUGUGCAAGGGCCACACUCAUUAGUCCAAUGGACAUCUUGACCUUGUUUCUUUGAAUACCUCUUCGUAGCAGUUUUUGAACCCUGUUAUGCCAGCAAUCAGGGAUUGGCUGCUGUUCGCAAAGUUUGGAUGUAAACCACCUUUUAUGUUCAAAGAACUCAUUCCAUGAUUCAUUGGCUUUGAGCCCUUCCCCUCCCCCCCAGUAUGUGUCCCUCCUUCUUCUAGGUAUA